AUGGCAUUUGCUGGAAUUCUCAAGGAUGAGGAUGUGGCUGCGGCCAUUAAGGAUUGCUCAGCUGCUGACUCCUUUAACUACAAGACCUUCUUCGCUAAAGUCGGCCUGAGUGCAAAGUCUCCCGACGACAUCAAGAAGGCCUUCUUUGUCAUUGACCAGGACAAGAGCGGCUUCAUUGAGGAGGAUGAGCUGAAACUGUUCCUGCAGAACUUCUCAGCUGGGGCCAGAGCACUCACUGAUGCUGAGACCAAGGCCUUCCUUUCAGCUGGCGACAGCGACGGCGACGGCAAAAUAGGAGUUGAAGAGUUUGCUUCCCUUGUAAAGGCUUAA